GGAAGCCCAGGGAAAAAGUUGACUGAGCUAGGCUAGCUAGCAAUGCAGCAGUAACGCUGGGUAAAUUACUAAAGUUGGUGUCAGCAUAGUCAAGAGGAACCAUAUGAGAUAAAUAUACAAAAUGGAGGACUCUAGCAGCAGCAAGCCUUUCAUGGUGACAUCCUCUCUCAACUUCAAAGUCACCACCCCGUCCUUCUACAACCAGCCAAAGAAGUUUGCCUCUGUGGCGCCGCCACGGCCCAAAAGUCAGUCACCACCCUCAGCUCCAUCACCGACACCAGUAGGCACAGCUGUGAUUGGACGAGUGGGAGAUCUCCCUCCGCCGCCCCCGUCGCUCUGUGAUGACUUCCCACCCCCCCCUCCGCCUCCUCCACUGGAUGAUGAUUUGCCAGCCCCUCCCCUUGAAUGCCAACUCUCACCCUCCGACGCACCCCCUCCCGCCUUCCCUGCCCCACCUUCAGUGGCAGACGACUUGCCCCUCCCUGUUCCCCCUGCGGAGAGUGCCGGUUUGCCCACCUGCCCCUCUCCCCCUCCCCCCCCUCCUCCUCCACCCCUCCCUGCCACUGGUACCAGUAUUGCCAGUGCUGUUGGGAACCAACAGAGGCUGAUAGAGAAACAGACAAGCUUUGAUAAACAGCUUGACUCUCUGACUGAUCUGCUCUCUGAGAUGGAGACCAGGGGACCUUUCAACCCCAAGAUACCAAGCCAGUAUUCUUCAGCACCAGCACCCAAGCCAGUAGCUCCUCCCCCAACAGCUCCCAAACCAGCCCUCUCCUUCCUCCCACCUCCUGAGAUGGGAGACCGCCCGCCUCCCGCGCCAUGGGCGGAAGAGCUCAAAGCCAGAACGAACCGACAGGCCAAUCACAACUCGUCACCAAACUCUGCCGCUCAACCGUUUGCCAAGGCCCCAGUUGUGGCUCCCAAGUCUGCUUUCGGGGGAAGAACAGCAACUUCUGCAGCCGCCCUGGCACAAAAACUGAACCAUAACCUGAACCAGAACACGACCCCAAUCAAUGUUGCACCAAAACCUUCCUAUCCUUCGGCCACUCCUUCAGCCACCAGCUCUUUACCGCCACCUCCAGCAGCUCCUCCUGCACCUCCUACUCCACCAAGCAGCAUGGCUGCCGCCCCAGCCCCAAGUCACAUAAAGAGUUCUCCUUUUGGCAUUCAGGUGAAUGCAAACCCAAGCCCUCCUGCUGCUGUGCCUCCCCCCCAACCCAAGACAAUGACAUCUCCAACAUCUUUUAACCAGCAAAUAAAAUCUCCUCCUGCAUCCAUGCCCUCACCCCCAGGCCCAGUUUCUAUCCCAGGUGGAGGUGUCCCCCUGAACAUGAGGGAAGUGGAGGAAUUGGAGAGAAUGACCAAGGACUUCAUUAAAGACAUGGACAAACAUGCACCUGUCAUCACCUCCCCUCCUACAGAGGUUUGUGGGAAGUGCGGUGAGGCUCUAUCCCGCACUCAACCAGCUGUGAGGGCCAUGGAUAAACUCUUCCACUCCAACUGCUUCUGUUGCAUGAGCUGCCAUCGCCCCCUGCAGGGCAUGCAGUUCUACGACAGGGAUGGAGCCCCUCAAUGUGAGGACUGCUACAUGAGUUCCCUGGCAGUGUGUUCCCGAUGUGGGGAGAGGAUCACAGACCGUGUGCUGAAGGCAGUGGGCCAGUGUUUCCAUGCCCAAUGUUUCCGCUGCAGCACCUGCUCCUGCGUACUUGAGGGGGCGCCUUUCAUCACUGAUGACAACAACAACCCCUACUGUGUCCAAGAUUACCACAGGCGUUUCUCCCCGCUGUGUGUGAGCUGUAAUGAGCCCAUUAUUCCAGCUCCAGGCAGCGAAGAGACAGUCAGAGUGGUGGCUCUUGAUAAAAACUUCCACCUCAAGUGUUACCGUUGCGAGGACUGCGCUCGCCCCCUCUCCAUAGAAGCGGAUGAAAAUGGCUGCUAUCCGUUGGAUGGUAAGAUCCUGUGUAUGAAGUGCCACACCCAGCGAGCCAAGCGGGCCGCGCAGUGAUUGAUGGAAACGCCGGUCACUCAGUUUAACUAUGAACCAAAUCCAAAAAGCACAGGAUUCAUUCAGCUGCCAUUUUGCCUUCGCUACAGGGCUUUAUUCAGUAUAUGUGCGCAGGUGUGAGUGCGAAUGUGCUGUGUGAAAAGGUAUGUUUGCAUGCAUACAGUGUAGUAUUCCUUUGUCUUUGUUCAAAACACUUUAGUGCAGAGGUAAUGUACUGCACUGACAUAAACUCCCCUCUUUUUUUUUUUUAAUUUCUAAUCUCUAGUUCUCCAAUUUCUCAUCUAGCCUUCUUUGUGCGCUACAGCAUAUAUUUUGUGCCAAUUCAAUGUUUACGCUAAAAAUUCCAGCAUAACUUGCACAAGAGCAGUUUGGUCAAAAGAGCAGUCUGAGGAAUAUAAAGUUGCCUUUCUUUAUUGUUUGCCUCAGUAUUGUUAGUAGCAUCAUGUAUUGAGAUAUUUACAUUUUACAACUUCCACUUCUCAUCUCUCUCCCUAUGAGCAUCAUAAUCGUAUUGACAUGACUCAGAAAAAUGGCUGCCAUAGGUUGAAGAGUAUCAGGAACCUCCCAUUUGACCAUUCCUCAGAUAUUGCUGUUGGUAGAGAAUAUCUUGUAACACUUUGGCAGUUGUUGUGCCUGCAAGCAUGGCUGAUGAUGAUUUCCUGUCGAGAAAGUGCUUUACGUCAGCCAUUCUACUCUGAUAGCAUUUUAGAGUCAUUUAGGGCUAUAACGUGACUGUAAAAAUAGAUAAAAACAGUGAAUGUUACUCUUAGUGAUGUGAUGUGAAUCUGAUGAUUUACAGGCAUGCAUUAAAUUAUGUCUUGUUAAGUCUCCUUAUCUGAUCAUACAUUUAAGGGCAAGAUUAAAACAAACAAUCAAACUUUUUUCUCAGAAAAAAAAAUGGUCUAGACCUGACUUAAUAGUAUUAAGUAUUUUUAGAUGCAUGCUUUCAGAAUGCAUAAUUUAUGAACAAACAGAUGAGCACAGAUUUGCCAGCACAGAUUCCAAUCCAGGGAUCUCAUCAUUUAAAAACGGUGUAGUUAAAAGCGUCAGCUGCAUGGCUGAAAACAGGACCUAAUAUGUGAUAGUUGCACAGUUCCAUAGUGAAUUGAAAUACCUUUUUUAGUGUCACUUUGACUCUAAAACGCUGCACAUGAUAAAUUUUGUUAAGGUAGGCACCAUCUAGAAACAUAAUAGUAGUUUUUGAUAUGCAUUAUCCUGGAGUCUUUCGCUUUACAUAAUGUAAUUUAUGGACAUUAAAAAAAAAAAAAAAAAAAGUAUUACGGUUACAUGAGUAUCUGUGCUAAAGAAACCUGCAGGAUAAUAGAUCAGUAGAGGCAUUAGCUUUGAGCUUUAGGUAACUGAUGUUAAAACAUUGUGACCAAAUAUUUCACAGCUAUUGGCAAGAUUUAGGUUAAUAAAACAGUAAAUGGGAUUCAAUGUUUUUACAUUAAUGUAUGUUUUUCAACAUUUUUUGUGUUUGAGCCCUGUGUUUAAGUCUUGAAUCUCGUCUAAGUUUUACAGUAAAUACCACUAUUCUUUCCAUUAUUCAUCUUACUUUACUUUAGUCUGUUCAUGUCAGUUAUAUACAACUUUAUUCUUAUUUUACUGUACUGUAUUUCAUUGAUAAAUGCUUAUGAUUAUAUGUUUCCAUUGUUAACCUGGCGAUGUGCCUUCUCCACUAUUGUAUCCCAGUGUUCCCUUUUUAUUGAGCCUGGUUUACAGCCACAGAAAUUCAUUCCUCAUUAAGAAAACUGUUGUUACUUGUGCUUGUAUUGAGCCUGGUGCGGUAUAACACCAGAAUGACUAACAAAACAUGGCAAUAGUGAUGAUUCAACAUUGCAUGCUAGCUUGUAGCAGUGUAGGUGGUGGUUGCAUUCCUCUAGUAUUAUGUCUCCUUUUUUCUUUGCACCUACUACUCCACCUUCGUGCCCCUGCCUUUGUCGUCAUCAUGUGAUAAUAUGUGUGAUGAUGCUUUCACAGUUGCAUUUAUCAUGUUGUGUUAUGUCCCAUUGUAUUACAUGCAGAUGCCUUGUCUUUUCAUAUAACUUUUUUUUUUAUGAAUUCCUGUUUGAUAUGUGUGAAUGUGUAUAUGUUUAAAAAAAACAUUACUAAGCCCCACCCCCUUUGGCUGUAUUAAAAGAUAAACAAAUAAAUAAAUGAAAUGC